UGUUAUUCGCACGUGCGCAGACGUUAAUUAUGGAUUAAAAAAUAUGACAGAUGUCAAGAAUUAAUACAUUUUUCACAGUAAAAAGUGUAUUUUAAUUCAUAAACUAAAAUGAAAGAAUUAAUUAAGAAAAGCAGUUGUAUUUCGAAAUGGAAUUUUUUAUGACAAAAAUGUGCAAUUUAACAAAAAUUCCAAAAAUUAUAGUCAAUGAGUGAGGAUAUUAUAUCUUGGAGGUAUCUUUGAAAAAAUAAAAUCUAAAACUUCUAUAAGAAUUAUAGAAUAAUUACCAAAAAUGAUAGAACCGACAAAUGAAGUGUUAAAGUCCAAUGAAAAUGAUGAUUUUUAUAAUUCUGAUGAAAGCGAAAAGCCUUGUGGCGAAAGAUGGGCUCCUGUUGGUGCCAACGAUGGAGAUGAAUUUAAGGAUGAAUUUAAAGAGGUCUUUAAGGAUGAUUUCAAAUAUUAUCAUUCUAUGGAAAAUUUGCCUUAUGAACUGGAAAGGCUGAGAAUUUUGGAAGAGGAACAAGAAACAUUAAAUUCGUCUCUAAUUGCAUUAACAACUCAUUUCGCUCAGGUUCAAUUUCGACUUCGUCAGAUUGUUGACGCACCAGCUGAGAAAAAGGAAAGUUUGCUCAAGGAGUUGGAAGAAUUUGCCUUUCGUGGUAUUCCUGACGUUCCAAAUAGACAAAAAAUUAGCAGCAGCAGAUCGUCGACUCCUUUUUCCGAUAGACAAAGUAAUUCAGGUGAGCUGAAAGAUGACGAACUUGAAUCGAAAAUGGCACUGCAACGUACUAAACAAAAGGAAUUAAUAAGCCAAUUAAAAACACAAUUGGAAGAUUUGGAGAAAUAUGCGUACGAAACGGGCGAUGCCGAUUUACCUCAAAGUGUUGUUCUCGAACGACAAAAUAUUGUCAUUAGUCAUCUCAAGGAGAAAUUGAACUUCGACGUUGAUGAUCUCUGUAAAUUGCCGCUCGAUGAUUUAAGAUGGCAAGUUGACUGUGCAAUAAGUCAGAUUGUCAGUCCAUUAAAAAUGAAAGAACAAUUAGUGGGUCAAUUAAAAACGCAAAUCGCUGAUCUCGAAAGAUUCAUUAAUUAUCUCCAAGGUGAAGUCAGUUCAGAAACGUUAGCAUGCACCUGCGCUUGUCCAGUUCACACGCACGGAACCACUGCUGCUUCAUCAUCAUCAGCAUCAUCAUUUUCUAAACACUCAUCAUUUCAUAAAAAACCAAUAAGCAACGAGAAACAAACGGAAAGUUUAAAUACAGUACGCAAAGUUUUGAUGCUCCUUCACAUGUACGUUCUCUCACAACUUGGCUGCAGUAGUGAAAGAGCGAAACGUAAUUUCAAAAAGAAGAAUGUCUGCAGUUGGCGUGAUUUACGAACACGACUCGAUAUUGCUGUGGAAAAUAUUCUCGAGUGUCUAGCUGAAAAUGUCCAUCAUCGUCAUCACGAGGACUUUACAAACGACGUGGAAUAUUCAUCAGAUUCUGAUUCACCAGUCUCACAGCAGAAUAAUACAAAAAUCACAUCGGCAGUGAGAAAAUAUUUGGCAAUUGCCGUUCGUGAUUUAAUGCAACAUGGAUCGAGUGUCGACGUUCAUGUUAAUAGUGUCGUACCAUUUGUUGGCUGUUUUCCCCAAAGAAGUCAAAAUUCAACGAGUAGUUCAAUGCACGCUUGGCUCAUUGUCUUGAAAUAUUACGAAAUUAAAAAUGGACAACGAUAUAAUUCAGCGCCAGCUCAGAAAUUAUCGCAAAGUUUCAAUCUCGAUCUUGUUGGAAAUAGGCCCGCCUCAUCGAAACAGAAUUUAUUAGUAACGAUUGGAAAUAUAAUUGCAUCUCACACGCCAUACAAAAGAAGUUAUGAUACACAUUUCAAGGCUUUUAUUUGUGCAUCAUUGAACGCCAAUAAACUAGUCGUGUGGUUGAAAUUGAUUCUGCAAUGUCAAUAUUUAUUAGAAAAUCAUUACAUGUCUUGGAGUUAUGUCAUAAAAACCGGUUUUCAAGACGCUUUUCACACUCUCGAUCGGCUCACGAAUCAUAAAUUUGAUUUGCCCGUCGACUUGGCCAUAAAACAAUUUCAGAAUAUCAAAGAUGCCUUCUAAAGAAAGAAAAACGUCCUUCCACAAUUUUAAUUUUACUAGUCAAUCCACGUAAGUGAUUCAAUAAUGACUGCUGUAAUUUUUUCUAUUUUUCUUUGCAUUCUUUUCUUUUCCUGUCUUAUACGUACAUAAGAAGUAAAAAAAACGUGCACAGUGCAUAAUAACAGAAAAUAUUUAACUUUGUGGAAUAUAUUUAUAUAUAUAAUAUAUAUUACAAGUUGAGAAUAAUUGCUUCGUGAAAAAUACGAAGAAAUAUUUAAAGAAAAAUGUUAAUCAAUGGGAAAACAUAUGACUUUGUACUUCUACUACUGAAUCUCAACUUUUUUAUUUUUUAGAAAAAAAUGCACCAGUGCUUCUAUACUUUUAAAAAUAAUUUCUUCUACGUAACUUUUGAAACAAAUUUUAAUUUUGUUCAAAUUAUUUUAUCUUGCAUUUAUUUAAAUGAUUUAAAUUAAAGUUUUCUAACGAACAAAGUAUUUAGUAGUUCGCUUUUAGGUAGAUUUUAAUUAUUCGUACGUAAAAGAAAAAUAACGAAAGUGCUUUAAGAAUUUAGUAAAAAAAAAAAAAAAAACUAGAAGUAUUUAUAUUUAUUGUUAAGAUUAACAGUCAUUUUUAAUAUUCGAAUGUUUUUUGUGUCUGAAAUGGAAAUUAGAAAAAAUUCAGACACUAGAUUUUUAUUGUAAAUUAAAUGUUUAUCUAUAUUAUAUAUUUAAACUGUUUGUUAAGUUUUAAGAUGUACUUAUUCAAUUACCUAGUAAUUAAACUUAAUUUAGUUCAUUAUUUCAACGUUUUUUACGUUAUUUUCUAACUUUGCUGAUAUACGAACUCAAUUUUUCAAUGUAAAUCAAUGAAAGAAAUAACUUUUUGCAAAAUGUAAACUUUAAAUCACAAAUUAAAAAAAAAAAUGUUAACAGUGUUAAAUGUUCAUAAAGGUAAUAUUAAAUGUUCAUUUUCAUGAUGACAUUAAAUUUCAAUUAAUAAAGUUUUUACAAAGGCUUUAUACGCGAGAAACUUUUAUGAUAUUUAAAUUGAGUUAGUUAUCAAUUAAAAUCGCAAAGAUAAAAUAUUUCCCAUUUACGAUAAUUUUUAAUUGAAGAUAAAAAUUUAUUAGAAAUAUUGUUAAAAAUGCAUUUAUUGAUAAAAUUUUACAUACACCUAUUUAUUUUAAUUAAGAACUUAUUUUUUUUUACUUUACAAUUAAAAAAAUCUACAUAUCCAAAUAAAAAUAUCGUUAAAGUACUGAUACUUUUAUCAAUGAAAUUAAAAACAAUUUCUUUUCUUUUAUUCAACCAAAGACAAUAUUUUUUUUAGUAUAUAUAAAUCGAAACAGGAAUUAUUAUGACACUUGUUCUCAUAUAGCACUCAAAAAGAAAUGUAAUAAAUAUUACAAUAAAAGUGUAAAAUGAAUCAUAUACUUAUAAAAAAAUAUAUUAUAAAAAACAGUGUAUAGUAAUGUUAUCAGGAACGGUUAAAAGUAUUUUUGCAACAAAUGUAACAAUAGUUUGCAACAUUAUCUUGAUAAAGAGAUUUAAUAUUUUUUCGAGAAUUAUAAAAGAAAAAAUGUUUUAAUUAAAAGCGAAAAAGUUUCUAACGAAACUGUCAUGUAUACAAAAAUUUUUCUUCGUAAUUUUCGUUAAUAAUUAUUUUUUUUUGAUUGAAAUUGCAAAAAUAGUUAAAUAAUAAUUGUAUAUAUUUCGACAUUUCGAGUGAAUUGAUCUUAUUAUUGAUUUUUUUCCUCAAUAGUUGGAAAAAUCGUAAAAAAGAAAGAUUUUUAAAUGACAAUGUUGAAAUCUGACUUUUAUAAUUUUAUGAUAAUGAUCUCGAAAAAUGGCUUGUAGGAUAAAUCGGACUGAACCGAUACGUGACAAAAUACACGUUCUAUGUACACAUGUAAUCACCAAACCAAAUAUUUGUAAUAUAAUUUUAUUUGAAAGAUGAAAAUAAAUUGUACCAAAGAUAUA